AUGUCUUCCCAGUCCAUCGACUUGACUGGCGGCUCACCGCCAACAGCAGGCAUACCCCCUCCUUUGGUAGAAAGAGAGCAAGCUUUACUACUAGCUACCGUCCCUCAAGAACAGACAUCAGAACAGAACUCGUACUUUCUAUAUAAGAAGGAGUGUCGUCUCGCUUGGAUCAAGUACCUAGGCCUCCUAGGAAGGGUCAAGCUCCGCGAGGGGCUUGACAGGCUUCCAUUCUUUUACGGAAUGCCGCCUGAACAUUUGACGCUGCAGAUUGACACAGAAAGAUUGGAACUCAUCCAGAAAGGGGCAAUCAGCGACCCUAGGAAUUCGCUGAUAACACUCAAUACAGUUUUGAACAGUCUCAGAAACAGGCCUCAGCAGUCCCAUAUCGCAUGGGGCGUUGUCCAGCAAAAGCUGGCAAUCAAUACUUUCAUUGAGGAUCGGGAUAAAAUCAAGUACUGGGAGAGCGCAAGCUCAAGGAAUCCCAUGGUGCUUCUGCAAUCGACCCAGACGCCUUCCGGGCAGACUUGUGUAUACAAAGUGAUCCAGUAUGCAAUGAACCGUCUGGUCGGAAUCCAAACCCAAGAGGACGACCCACCAAGCUGUCCCGGAUACGUUCUCCCCAUGGCCUCCUUCGAGAGGGCUGUUAUGAAUGCGCAGAGGACGAAAGAUGAGACCCAGCGCAGGCAAUGGGCUGACAUGUCCCUACGUUCGCUACGGAAGUUCAUGGACGCGCAAAACAACCAAGCGGUUAUCGAUAAGAUGAUUGAGUUCCAGAAACAUUAUGAAGCUUUGGCGGCUCUGAGCUCGAAGUGA